GGGGUUUCGAAUCCGCCAUGCAGAGGGCCAAAACCCUAACCACGCUUAUUAGGGAAGAAGCCCUAUUACAUGCUGUAGAGAUUCUGAAUCAACGUGCCUAUGAUUUCAUUUCGUUAUUAAACUCCAAUUCAAGUUGAUACUUAAUCGCUUUAGCUUUUCCCUAUCAUUGUGCCUUUACAGGCAAGCAUGAAACCGGCAUUGAUUAAAGAAAUCGUCCCACUAAUUUCGACGACGCUGAAGUUGGUUGUUUAGACCUGCUGUUAAAAUCACGGAUAAGAUGAAGAAUCUCAAAAUGGAAUAAUACUCUUCCUACUUGCUCUUCAAAACAAGAAACAGGUCGAUCCUGCAUGCACUUGAACGUAAAGUUAUGCUCACUGGGUUCAUUUGGUUUCGUUUUAGGUUUUAGCAUGCUGUCUAACACACCAACUUAAGACACAGAACAUAUAGCAAAAAUUGGUGCAACUACGUAUUAUCGUCCGUGCAGCUUCACCUCUCUAGGAAGAUGCAGUUCCUGAGUUAUGCGCCAGUAUAAUGGCUAAUAGGCGUUCCUUCCAACCAGCCAAUACGCGCAAGCCCUUUUGUUCCUUUCCUUCCGGGAGCUGUUUUGGGAAGUUUGUGUCCGGUCUAGUACCGAGAAGGAGAGGGAACGUGAAGGAAGUGUCCUGUCCUGAGGCCUGCAAUUUGCAAGUCUGUAGUGAACAGCAAUCCGUGAUGUCUCGCUUCUUCCAGAGUAUAUCUAAUAAGUACAUAGCGAGUCAAGGAGGAGCAGGCAUUGCAGAGGAACAUUUAAGCCAGUGGGGGCUGACAGGCAUUCAUCUACACCCGUAUCAGAUGGAAGGAGUAAACUGGCUGACACACUGCUAUGAAAUUUCUCAUGGCUGCAUUCUGGGUGAUGAAAUGGGUCUUGGGAAGACUUGUCAGGCUAUUUCUCUGCUUGUGGUCUUAAGUGGGAAGCUUAAUAAAAGACCGUUUUUGAUCCUUUGCCCUCUGUCUGUGUUAAUCAACUGGAAGGAGGAACUGGAAAGGUUUUCUCCAAGCCUUUCCUGCAUGAUGUAUUCGGGAGACAAAGAAGAAAGGACUGAACUGCAGCAGGACUUGAAAUCAAAUCACGAUUUUCACAUUCUGCUGACUACCUAUGAGGUGUGCCUCAGAGAUGCAGCAUUUCUAAAACGUUUCAGUUGGGGUUGCCUCAUUGUGGAUGAAGCUCACAGACUGAAGAAUCAGGAUUCAUUACUUCAUAAAGCACUCUCUGAGUUUUCAACAGAUUUCAGACUCCUGCUGACAGGCACUCCCAUUCAGAACAGUCUCGGAGAGUUAUAUGCCCUGCUUGCUUUUAUUGAACCAGUUAUAUUUCCCAAAGACCUGGUGGAAGAAUUUGUUCAGUAUUACCAUGGAAUUGAAAAGGAAAGCAAAAGAGCCAAAGAACUGCACAGUGUGUUGCAGCCCUUCUUGCUCAGAAGAGUGAAGGCAGAAGUUGCAGCAGAGCUCCCAAAGAAGGUGGAGGUUGUUCUCUACCAUGGAAUGUCAGCACUGCAGAGAAAAUUUUAUAAGGCUAUUCUGACGAAAGACUUAGACGCAUUUGAAAAUGAAUCAGGGAAGAAAGCUAACCUUCAAAAUGUGUUAAUUCAGCUCCGGAAAUGCGUAGCUCAUCCGUAUCUGUUUAACGGUGUUGAACCAGAGCCCUUUGUCAUUGGGGAUCAUCUCAUUGAAGCCAGUGGGAAGCUGAGCUUGUUAGAUAAACUUCUGUCUUUCUUAUACGCAGGUGGUCAUCGUGUAUUGCUGUUUUCCCAAAUGACACACAUGCUAGAUAUUCUGCAGGACUAUAUGGAUUACAGAGGUUACAGCUACGAGCGCCUGGAUGGAUCCAUACGAGGUGAAGAGAGGCACCUUGCCGUUAAGAACUUUGGUCAGCAGCCCAUUUUUGUCUUCCUCCUGAGCACCAGGGCAGGUGGAGUUGGCAUGAAUCUAACUGCAGCAGACACCGUUGUUUUUGUAGACAGUGACUUCAACCCACAAAAUGACUUACAAGCAACGGCAAGAGCCCACCGGAUUGGCCAGAAUAAGCCUGUAAAAAUUAUUCGCUUCAUUGGGAGAGAUACUGUAGAAGAAAUAAUCUACCGACGAGCAGCAUCAAAGCUCCAGCUGACCAACACCGUUAUCGAAGGGGGCCAGUUUGCAUUUAGAGCACAGAAAUCACAGGGGGUGUUAGAUAUUCAGUUGAGUGAAGUCCUGAAGUUUGGUUUGGACAAACUCUUGUCGUUGGAUGGAAGCACCAUCUGUGAUGUGGACCUGGGAAGUGUUAUUGGGGAGACAAGAGAAGGAAUGUGGCUAAUGGAUCCUGUGUUGUCUAUCACAGAGGGAAAUGAAGAGCAAAAUUUAGAAAGCCACAUGUAUCUAUAUGAAGGCAAAGACUACUCCAAGGAACCUAGCCAAGAAGACCAGAAGGCCUUUGAUCAGCUGCUAAGUCUUCAGAAAAUUCUCCUUGAAGAUACCAGUCAAGAAGGAAGAGCUCUCCGAAAUAAAGCAAAUGUUCUUGUCAUGGGCGUUCAGAUGGGACCCAGUAAGAAACGUCGUAAAUUGAGCCCAGAAGAGUUGGAGGCUCGGCAGAGAAAACUACAAGAGGCAGCAGCAGAGAGGGCCAGGCUCAGGAAAGAAAAGGAGCAAAAGAAGGCAGAAGCUGAACACCAGAAAAAGAUGGCCUGGUGGGAAGCUAAUAACUACAGGUCAUAUUGCCUUGAGUCAGAAGAGAGCAGUGAAGAGGAGAUGGAAAGUGAUCUAGAAAGGAGGAUGGAUGUGGAUUUAGAGUACACAGACCCAGACCUGUGCUCCAUCAAGUAUAUUAUAGGUGAUGUUACCCAUCCCACUGCAGGAGAAGAGGAUGCCAUCAUUGUACACUGUGUAGAUGACUCUGGCCUUUGGGGAAGAGGAGGCUUAUUCACAGCUCUGGGAAAUCGCUCUGACCAACCAAGGAAAAUGUAUGAGCUGGCAGGAAAGAUGAAAGACUUGGCAUUGGGAGGAACUCUUUUAUUCCCCAUUGAUGAUAAGGAAUCCAGAAACAAAGGACAGGACUUGCUGGCCCUUAUUGUAGCACAGCACCGAGAUCGUUCCAACAUCUUGUCUGGAAUUAAGCUCCCUGCUUUGGAAAGAGGAUUAAAGAAAAUUUAUCUGGCAGCCAAGAAAAGGGAUGCAAGCGUCCACCUGCCUCGCAUUGGAUAUUCGACCAAAGGUUUUAAUUGGUAUGGAACAGAACGUCUCAUCCGGAAAUACUUGGCCACAAAAGGAAUCCCCACAUUUGUAUACUACUUUCCUAGGAAUAAGGCAUCUUCUUCUUCUUCACAAGCAUCCACAACAUCAGUGUCAACGCUAAAGCCCUAAAGGGCUUCAACUAUCAAGAAUAACUGCUCAUAAUGCACGAGGCUCCUUCCUGCUGUGUCUGCAGUCAGUCAGCAUUCAUGUGGCUUUCUUUAGUUGUUUCUUUAAAACACACACACACACGAAACUUGUUUGUAUGUUUAUAGAACAGAGCUCUCUGAGAUAUCAGAUGCCAGAAUCAUGCAGUUUUUAGAACACAAGCUGCAGUUUUGCAUAGCAUCACAAUCCUACAAGUGGCUUGAGCGUCUGGGCUUGGAUAAGACCUGUUAACAAUGAGUACAGCUGGAGCCAUGCAGCAGACAGAAGCAGCAUUACAGCGGUGCAAUUGUGCCUUCCACUUUGUAAUUUUACUCUGAGUCUGCAGAACUAUUGAUUUUUUUAAAAAAAAUUAAAAUAUUUGCGUUAGACUGCAUAUUUUGCUUUGUAGAAGCAUAUUGUUUUUAGAAAUGCUAGGAUUUUGUUGGCUUGAAUUUUUGUAAAUUGUGUUGUUUUUAUUUGUAUUUUGUAUUAGUGCUUUUCUAUUUGUGUGUAAGCUGCCUUUGGUCAAAAGGCGGCCUAGAAAUAAACCAUAACAUAUUUUUCCUCUCGUAAAAAUAUGACUACCUGUAGCAAAACAGCUGAAUUAUCUAAUAUUUCAGGAGAAAUUGGUUCUACUUCUUGAAAAACAUAAGGAUUUGUGGUUGACAAGGUGGGCAAAGUUACUUAAUUAAAAGCUGUCUUAUACUCUGGCUAAGCGCUUACUACAUACACGCAGGCCCUAGGGCAGUGGUAGAACCAUCUAAAAGCCUACUGCGACAUGUUCACUAAGCAUUUUGAAAAUAAAAUCGCUUCCAUC